AUGGUUCGCUACGCCGCCGCAGCCCUUGACACCAACCCCGAGAAGACUUCGCGUGCUCGGGGUGAAUACCUCCGAACGCACUUCAAGAACAUGAGCGAAGUUGCGGCGGCUUUGACUGGUCUCAAACUGACUAAGGCGUACGCCUACCUCAGCGACGUGAAGGAGCACAAGCAAAUUAUUCCUUUCCGCCGAUUUUCAGGUGGUGUUGGACGUGCGUCUCAAGCGAAGCAGUUCAAGACAACUCAAGGUCGCUGGCCUGAGAAGUCUGUCAAGUUCAUCCUCCGUCUCCUCAAAAACGCCGAGUCAAAUGCUGAUGCAAAAAAUCUCGAGCUGGAGGAUCUCUACAUCAAGAAUAUCGUUGUACAGCAGGCGCCCAAAACCCGCCGCCGGACAUACCGUGCACACGGUCGUAUCAAUCCCUACCAGGGUCACCCGUGCCACGUUGAGAUUAUCCUCGCGGGAUCAGACGUGGAGGUCGAGCGGAGCAAGGACAAGGACGUCGUCGCAUCCUCGCUCGGCGGGUUGAACAGGCGACAGGUUGCGCGGAGGCGGAUUGAGGCUGCGCGGUCGUCUUAA